AUGGGCAAAGUCGUGUUCAUCCACCCUGACCUGGGUAUCGGAGGGGCGGAGAGAGCUGUGGUUGACGCAGCGCUGGCGCUGAAGUCGCGGGGACAUCAGGUGGAGUUUGUCACCUCUCAUCACGACCCCGGCCACAGCUUCCAGGAAACCAAAGACGGAACUUUGAAAGUGACCGUUGUCGGCGACUGGUUGCCCCGGCAACUCUUCGGCAGGUUCUUUGCCGCCUGUGCCUACCUGCGGAUGAUCUAUGCCGCCGUGUAUUUGGUUUUCUUCAGCGGAAUUCGCUUUGAUGUGGUUUUCUGCGACCAGAUCUCAGCUUGUAUCCCUGUGUUAAAACUGUCCCCCGCCAAAGUGAUCUUUUAUUGUCAUUUCCCAGACAUGUUGCUGACGCAGAGGAGGAGUUUCUGGAAGCGAGUUUACCGUGCACCAAUUGACUACCUGGAGGAAAAGACCACAGGCAUGGCUGAUUGUAUUCUGGUCAACAGCAAGUUUACAGCCAGUGUGUUCAGUGAAACAUUCAAGAGCCUGCGGCAUGUCACCCCUGAAGUUCUAUAUCCCAUCCCAGACUUCUCAUCGUUUGACAAGCCUACAGAAUCUGUGACCCCAGAACUAUUGCCAUCACAAGUGGGUACAGUGUUUCUCUCCAUCAACAGAUAUGAGCGCAAGAAAAAUAUCCAGCUUGCUAUACAUGCUCUUAGUGCGUUGCUGGAACAGAAACCAGAUGCUGAUGUGCACCUGAUCAUUGCCGGUGGUUACGACACACGUGUGGAAGAAAAUGUUCAAUACCAUGCAGAACUGGUCUCGCUAGCAAAACAACUGGGACUAGAGAACAGGGUGACCUUUCUGCGAUCUCUUAGCGAUGAACAGAAAAGAACAUUGCUCAAACACAGUUCCUGUUUGUUGUACACGCCAGAAAGAGAACAUUUUGGAAUAGUUCCCAUUGAAGCCAUGUAUAUGCAAUGUCCAGUAAUCGCCAUGCGAAGUGGCGGCCCACUGGAGACAGUUGCUGAUGGUUCUACUGGCUUUCUGUGUAACAAUGACCCCAGGGAAGUAGCACAGGCAAUGCUGAAGUUUGUGGAAGAUCCUGCAUUAGGGAAGUUGUUUGGGAAGGCAGGGAGAUCCCGGGUGAAGACCAUGUUUUCUUUUAUCACGUUUACUGACAAGCUGGACACCAUUGUGCACGAUCUGAUUACUGGAGGCUAG